UAGAACUUAGGUAAAACGACAGAGUUUCAGCAAACAGAAAAUUAAGUGACAAUGAAACGUCUGCGUAUUGAUCCUUCUCCUUCUUCACUUCGCUUCAGUCUUCCAAUCCUUACAGCAUCAGGAUUCCAGGGUUCUCAGCAAUAUGGAUUGCAGAUUUGUUAUCACAGUACACAGCAACAGGAAGAGGUCAGAAGAGAACUCCCAAGGAAAGUGCAGUACCCUGUUGUUGAUCUUCUGGUGUCAGGGCAGCUGGCCCAGUCUGAGUCACAGAACCCCACAAGCUUCAAGUCUGCCUUACUGCUGUAGUAGAUACCUUGGUCUGGACAGGAUUUGAGAUAUCUUAGUACUCUGUAGGCUGCUUGUAAGUGUUCUGAGUAGGGCUUCUUCUGAAACUGGCAUAGCUGUUGUACAGAAUAUGUCAAGUCAGGUCUUGUUAUGGUUAUGUAAUGAAGCCUCCCAAUCAACCUUCUGUAUUGUUCUGGAUCUUCAAGUAAAGUUCCUUCUGUUGCUGUUAGCUUGAUGUUUGGGUUUGAUGGUGACUGCCAUCCUUUGGCAUUUAAGUAUCCUGUAUCAGCAAGCAAGUCCAUACAGUAUUUUCUUUGACAGACCAUCAACCCUUCUGCUGUCUUGUUUACUUCCAGUCCCAAGAAAUACCUUAAAGGUCC